AGAGAGAGAAAACAGGAGAGAGAGAGAGACACACACAGUUAUUAUAAUGUAGAAAAUAAUAAGUGGGGUUCAAAUGGUCAACCAAUGUAGAGAGAGAAAGAGAGAGACUCUUCAUAAUUCAUCCACACCAACAUAUAUUCGUUCCUCUACUCAUUCAUACCUUUGAUUAUUAAUAAUCAAACAUAGUCACCCACCCACCCAACUCCCUUCACAACAAGUCUCCUCUCUUUCUCUCUCUCUCCUCUCUCUUUUCCUCACCAUUUCCUUCCCUUCUCUUCUUUUUAUUCUUCAUUUUCCUCCAAAACCUUCACUCCAAACCAUUCAACAACAGGCUCAUAUUCAUUAUACUUUUGCUUAUUAAUCAAAGAUAAAUGGGUUCUGAUGAUAUUUGUAACACUGGUCUUGUUCUAGGGUUAGGUAUUACUUGUACAGAAACUCCAUUGAAGAGUAUUGAUCAGAGGUCAAAGAAUUUCGGUUUCGAGCCGUCUCUGACGUUGGGACUUUCCGGUGAUCGGACUUAUGGUCAGUCUGGUGAUUUGUAUCGGCAAGAUAGUACGACAGCUUCGUCGUUCUCGAAUGCUAGUGUGAAGAGGGAGAGAGAGAUUGGUGGUGAAGAGGUGGAGAUAGAGAGAGUGUCGUCGAGGGUGAGUACGGAUGAAGACGAUGAUGGAAUGAAUCCGAGGAAGAAACUUCGACUCACCAAAGAUCAGUCUGCUCUUUUAGAAGAAAGCUUCAAACUGCACAGCACUCUCAACCCAAAACAAAAGCAAGAUUUAGCGAGGGAGUUAAAUCUAAGGCCUCGACAAGUUGAAGUUUGGUUCCAGAAUCGAAGAGCCAGGACAAAGCUUAAGCAAACAGAAGUGGACUGUGAGUUCUUGAAGAAAUGCUGUGAGACACUAACAGAUGAGAACAGGAGGCUACAAAAGGAGCUUCAAGAACUGAAAGCAAUCAAAUUGGCCCAAUCCUUCUACAUGCAGCUGCCGGCGGCCACUCUCACCAUGUGCCCGUCCUGCGAGAGGAUCGGCAGCGCCGCCACCACUACUGCCGCCGACAAAACUUCCAAGAAUCCAUUAACAAUGGCCCCAAAGCCUCACUUCUUUAACCCCUUCACCAAUUCAUCAGCAGCUUGUUAAGUUGAUAAGUUGUUAGAUAAGAUAUAGAAACUUCCCCCACAACCCACCUUUUUUUUUUGGUUAAGGGUAUGUAAUGAAAGAUUAGUAUUUAAUUAGCUAAUUUGUAGAAAAAAAUAUAAGUUACUAAUCAAUCUUCUGAUCUCCUCUCUUUCUUCAUGUGUUUGUAAAUUAUACAUGUAUUUCUAUAUCUAUAUAUAUGAAGGGAUUAUUAUGACGUAA